GUGUCAUUGCUGUCAGUGGGAGGAAUAGUGCCCCAUCAUUGGUGUCACUGAUAAUAAUGAUGGGGCACUAUUCCUCCCACUGACACCAAUGAUGGGGCACUAUUCCUCCCACUGACACCAAUGAUGGGGCACUAUUCCUCCCACUGACACCAAUGAUGGGACACUAUUCCUCCCCCCCACUGACACCAGUCUCUUACCUGGAUCCAGUCCCACAACGAUCCGGUCCAGGAAGCGCGGCGUCUCCUUCAGUUCGGCCACUGGAUGUUCGUGCGGCUGCGCGGCUCCGCCUCCUCACCGGUGAUUGGCCGCCAGAACUGUAGCUCAGGAAAGGCACACAGGCGGCCAAUCACCGGCGAGGGGGUGGAGCCGAGCG